AGCACAGGAGCUUGCAAAGGCGGAGUGAGAAGUCGGUUACUGCCAGUAGAGGCUAAGCGAAGCUGCCUUUUUGCAACGGUGAAGAAUUGAUUCUAGGCACUAGGGGGGAGCUGGAUGUUAGGCAGGGUGUUCCUGCUGCUCAUCGGCGACGUGCAAAGCGCUUUUUCUGAUUGCAGUUGACUUGCAAUGCAGGCUUCUCUUUGGAAUGCAAAACCGUGCACAGGAUGAAAUCAGGUCACUCUUCCAGAAUGCCAGAGGAAAGUUCCCCACGGAGGACUCCCCAGAAUGUCCCGUAUCAGGACCUGCCUCAUUUGGUCAAUGCCGAUGGUCAGCACCUUUUCUGCAGAUACUGGAAGCCAGCUGCCAGUCCAAGGGGGCUGGUGUUUGUUGCUCAUGGUGCUGGAGAACACUGCUGUCGCUAUGAUGACCUGGCCCAGAUGCUGACAGGAAUCAACUUUUUUGUAUUUGCUCAUGACCAUGUUGGCCAUGGGCAGAGUGAAGGAGACCGUAUGGUCGUGUCAGACUUCCACGUGUUUGUCAGAGACAGCUUGCAGCACAUUGACCUCAUGAAGAAAGAUCAUCCAGGCCUCCCCGUGUUCCUUCUUGGGCACUCUAUGGGAGGAGCCAUCGCCAUUCUCACCGCAUGUGAAAGACCAAAUGAAUUUUCAGGCAUGAUAUUAAUUUCUCCUUUAGUCGUUGCAAGCCCAGAUGUAGCAACACCAAUCAAGGUUUUUGCAGCUAAAGUACUUAACUUCGUCUUGCCAAAUCUAACUCUGGGAUCCAUUGACCCAAAUGUUGUUUCCCGGAACAAGAAAGAGGUUGAGUCUUACAACUCAGAUCCACUGGUCUACCAUGGUGGUAUGAAAGUCUCCUUUGUCAUCCAGCUGCUGAACGCCAUUGCCAAAAUAGAGCGCUCUCUCCCCAAACUGACUCUUCCCAUCCUGGUGCUCCAUGGCUCACCUGACAAGCUCUGUGAUAUCAAAGGCUCCUAUUUGCUAAUGGAUACUGCAACAAGUCAAGAUAAAACACUCAAGGUGUAUGACGAGGCUUAUCAUGCUCUGCACAAAGAGCUUCCUGAAGUAACUGCUUCUGUUCUUAAGGAAAUACAAACGUGGAUUGGUCAGAAACUCUCAGCAGCAGAAGAAGCCCACUGAUCUUAAGAAAAGCAACUCUGAGAUCUUCUUAAAUGGUGGCUGGGAUAUUCUGGGAGGGAAGUUUUUAUUUAUUUAUUCUUUCUUUGCAACCUCUCUUUGGGAGGAGAAAAUCUCUUAAAGGGACUCCUGAAAUACAUUGUUUUUAAACAGAAAUUCCUGAGGUAUGAGGAAGGGGUUACCUUGCAGCCAUUUAAAGGUUAUAAGAGCUAGAGAAAGAAUCAGUCCAGAUUUCCCACCAAGAGUGCUGCAUUAAGGGACUUCUUUGAAUCCCUCCCAAAAUCCAGAGCACUUACUACCCCUGUUCUUUGUUUUCCAAGGAGUUCCUGAGGUGCUGAAGUAAUUUUUUUAUACUGCAAUAAUCUUCAGAAUGUUUUAAAGUUUGGCAACUUCUGUGUCAUUCGGUUUCUAUUUUUGCCAGAUUACAGUUCCUCUCUCCUGUACUUUCAAGACUACAAACAGUACAAGAAAGUCUUUGCCAUGUGGAGAUGGAAUUAGGAAGGAAGCUGGGUUCACAGUGGAGCCUUUUUAUGUGCGAACUCCAAACCUGGUGAUGUUUAUGACAGGGCCUGGUCAGGCCAAAGAGGCACUUGGCCUACAAGCCUUCAGGGGCCAAAGAGAGGAGUACCCAUUGGGGCGCAGUACCAGCACAAUCAGCUUUGCACUCUGGAAUGACAAGGCACAGAGCCAUUCAAUAUCAGCCCCAGAUUUGACACCACCAAGGAGCAGGCAUAAUGUAGAAUAGUGUAUCUAGAAGUCUAGGCAUACUAAAGAGAUGUUGCUGCUUCCAGAAACCAAAUCUUGCUUCAAUACGAGAACUGUAAAUACUCGUAGGGGCUGCUUUUUUGUUACGUGUGUUACUGAUAAUUUAAGCUGUAAAGUCAAAGUUAUAUUUAAAGAGAAAUAUUAAAUAUAAUAUAUAACGUUUCUGUAGGUUGCUCAGAGGUAUAUGGAGGUGGGGAAAGAAGGGAGUAAGGCAUGGACUAGCUCUGCAGGUCGCAGUCUCUGCCUGAUAGCCCUUAGGGACAGCCAUGCUGAAAUGGAAUGCAGCUGUCAUGUGACAACCAGGGAAUAGCCAGGUAUUGUUUUCCAUAAUUGUGGCACUCCUCCUCCUGGGCUUAAUUCGGAAGGAAACUCAGAAGCUGCUCACCUCUUUGAGGCUAUUCCUUUAUUUUUGCCCAUGGUUGGAAGCCAAUACAGGGAGCAAGACAAAGAAGCCAAAGUAAUGGAAUACUCAGCAAAAAUACAUAAGGGGCUCCUAGGUUAGCCAAAGGACUGGCUUACUCUCAAACGUUUGUUGCUGUGGGACCUUGGAAGCUUCAGCACUAG